AUGUCUGACUGGGCGGCUAAACUACUGCAGAAACCAAGCACAGGCACCGGCGCCGGGCCUGCAAAUAGCGGCCUGGCCAGCAAUGGGAAAUUUCCGCUGGUGUUGCAGCCCAACCAGACGGUAAAACUCCCGGCGCCCAAAACGGCCACCCAGGAGACUCCACAAAAAAACGGGCGUGCGCUGCCCGAGCCGUUCAACGGCGCCGAUGUCUUGGCGUGGAUGGGCACGCGCUUUGCCGCCGAUCUCGAGGACGCCCAGGCGGACAAAACGGGCGAGUAUGCAGUCGUCUACCGGUCGUUGGAGUCGUCUUCGUCGUGGAAAACGACGGGGCCGGGCUACGGCAGAAAGUGCACCAAGGAGGACGACCGCUACGAUCUUUUGCAGGAGCUCAACCGCACAUUGCAGCCCAAACCCAGGAGAUGCUGA